AUGGUCCUGAGGGAACUCGACCCAGACGAUGCCUUACAGCUUUCCCUCGCUCUUCAAUUCCAAUACAGCAACGGAUCGACUUGCCGAGAUAAAUUCCUCUUCAACCACAUCGAAAUCAUCCAGCGUAUGCGGCGCACCAACAUGCUACGCAACACAUCUUUCUCCACGACAAUGAAUUCCGAUGGUGUUGGGAGCCGGAUUCAGUCAGGCCUCUGCCCUCUCCAGGCAUCAUACCUUCCACCGAAUCGAGCAUACCACCAGCUGAUACACGAGCCCUCCUUCACCUCGUCGUCCAACGCCAAAAAUGGAGAAGAAAAGACCGAACACCUUUGUUUCAUCCGAUACCCUUUGCUGUUCCGAUCUCUGGCCUUCCGCGAUGGUGUGGAUGCGCCUCUAGAACGCUCGAGAAUAGCCGUGAAACUCGCUGCUGGGUCUAAUGUGACAUAUGCGCAGCUCCUGCAGACUCCUCCGAAUGAAUGGCGACCAAGACCACCAAUCACCGUCGAAUUUGCGACGAUAAGCAUAACACUGCAUUCCAAGAACAGGCGCUGA